AUGUCGGCCGUGCAAGAUUACUACCAAACGUUGGGACUUAGACACGGAGCCAGUGAUGAAGAUAUUAAAAAAGCCUUCAAAAAACUUGCUAUUAAGUACCAUCCCGAUAAAACUGAUGAUAAACAACACCAUGCCAUGUUCAUCAAGAUCAACGAAGCAUACGAAACAUUGAAAGGACCCGAUACACGACGAGAAUACGAUAAAACACACGGAUUCUCCUCGAGUUAUACUGCUGCUCCAUCUUAUACACCUUUUGCUACACAGAACACAACCUCAUCCACAUCAUCUACUUUCACAUAUUCAUACGGCAGUUCAUUCCGUGAUAGUUAUUAUGGGAUGUACCAGCAUUACUACCGCAGUCCCUUCUCCAACAUAUUUGCCAGGGCAAGGCCAGAUAAUCAGGAACAGGAAAAGAAGAAGAAACCAUUUGAUAGUCGGUACAAAAGCGAACUAGAAGAGUUCAAUGAACGACUCCGUCGUGCACGGAAGGACAACUAUAACCAGCAUUCAAACGUCAGCAAUCCCGGCGAAGGCACAACCACUGAUGAAUCUGAAGAGAAGGAGUAUGCUGACAGGAAACAUGAAGAGAUGCGACGCCAAUGGGAGUCACCGUUCCGUCAAUAUGACCCCGACAAAGUGGAUCAAGAAUUUGUCAAGACCAGCCGCAAUGGACACCACGAGUCUCCCACGCCGACGAACAAAGGCGAGGACAAAAGUGACCCCAUUGUUGUCGAAGAAGCAUCUGGCGAAUCCGAGGAUGAAUUUGUGACCGUGGUGGAGGAUUUGGAUGAAACCAAUCCCCCUUCAGCCAAACCUUCGCCCUUGUUUCAGGCUCGUACAACUCUGCACUCGCCAGAGAAACCGUCUACCCAGUUCAAAACGAAUGCUCGUACAAGUUUCAUGAGAAAUGACCCUCCGAAACGACCCAAAACAGGUGGCUUUGAAUUUGACGAUCUCAAGAGCAGUUUAGGAACGAACAUCAAUGAUGUAGAUCUCAAUGAGAUCCUCGAUAGCCUACCAGAUCAAAAGCGUCAACGAAGCACGAGCGGUCAGCAGACCGGUCUUGACACUAAGCGACCCAAAUACGAAUACCUUGAUGGGACGAGCAAAGCUGAUACACUCCACAAACCUGUCAACAAGAAAACAUAUAGCAGUUUUCUGGCUGCGUCACAAGAGCCCAAGACUGGUCUGUCACAGGAGCCCUUGACAAUGCUUGAUCUUCAUGCCUCAGACAAAAUCCACCAAUACGAACCACCAGUGCCUCCAAAUGUCAUCGUUGAACCUCAAAUGACCAAAGAGACUUGGGAGAUAUACGUAUCAGACAUACAGAAAUACGAGCGCCAGUUCCUCGACUAUAAGCAGCACAUUGUGCAAUAUCAAUUUGAGAGGUCCAAGAAGGAUGCACAGUAUUACGAAGUCAUUAACAGCCAGACCCAAAGCUUUGAAACUUAUCAGCAAUGCUUGAAUCAAGACGUUGAAGUCCUCCAAAAGUACUUGGACCUGCUACGCAUAUACACCACAACUAUGGAAGUUUACAAACAGAAUUGCAAAUGGAUGCAACUGCGACAGGUUCAGGAAGAGUAA